AUGCCCUCAGCCAUAGACAAAGCAACGACGACGUCCACGGCCGUCCUCCCAGAAGGCUCACCGCACCGUUCUCGCCGCGCCUCAUUGAAGGUUCUCAAUCGCAACAUCCACCAAGUCGUACUGGGAAACUUGCUCUUUGAUGCGUGGUAUUACUCGCCUUAUCCGGACAACAUCAUCCUUCAGCAACAAGGACUUGGAAAUGGCUCCGUCAACUCAGGGUCAGACUCGAGGAACGGCCAUAGCCAUGGCCACGGGCCACAUGGGCUUCACGGACAACACAGUUCGCUCAGAGCAGACGAACCGGUAUGCCCUGUCCUCUACGUCUGUCCGUGUUGUUUCCGCUACACGGCAGUCCAGCAACACUUGCCCCCGCACCUCGCUCAUCACCGCCUUCUGCGCGCGUCGGGCCAAGAGCCCAACCAACCGGUACCGGGAUCGGCUUUCAAGGUCUACGAGUGGGAAGGCUACGCAGUCUGGGAAAUCGAAGGCGAAAAGGAGAAAUUGUACUGCCAGAACCUGUCGCUGUUUGGCAAAUUGUUCCUCGAGCAGAAGAGUGUCUUCUUUGACACGGGCGGCUUCAAAUACUACGUCUUGACUUAUACCAAGCAGGCGGAUGCGCCGUCUCCGGCAUCGGCAAAGACGCGUGGGCGGACCCGGAGCUCCUCUACAAACGCAGGCGACGGAGAUGACAUUCUUUAUCAGACUCGCGUGCUUGGUUUCUUCUCAAAGGAGAAUCUGUCCUGGGACGCCAACAAUCUAGCGUGCAUUUUGAUCUUCCCGCCCUUCCAGCACCGCCAACUGGGCCAACUGCUGAUGGCGGUGUCCUACAAGCUCAGCGGAUGGGAGUGGGAAGGCGGCGUGAUUGGAGGCCCUGAGAAGCCCUUGAGCACCAUGGGCAGGAGAUCAUACCUGAGGUUCUGGUCCGAACGCAUUGCCCGAUUCAUCAUGGGGCAGAGCGCCGACGCCGAUGCGAGAAGAGUGUUUGAUACCACCAGCGGCAGAGGCAGAAAGACGUUGCAGCCGAGAAAAGAAGAGAUGACGGUCAAGGAGAUUGGUGAUCGAACGGGCAUGCUAGGCGAGGAUGUUGUUGCUGCCCUGACGGAAAUGGGAAUCUGUAAAUUGAUGCCGCCGAGGCGAAAACACACCAAGGCAUUGGCGAGUGAGGCGAACGGUACCGUGACAGCGUCUCAGGCUCAAGCCGCCGAAGCCGACUCCGAGGAAUUGGCAACGAUGAUCGUCCAUCGCUCCAAAGUGGUGGAAUGGGCGGAGAAGAACGGGGUCGACCUGAUCAGCCCGGUCAAAGAGGAAGGAUUCUUGGGGGAGUGGGCUUUGAGUGACCUCGCCGAGUCAGAGCAAAGCGGAAAAGGCUCCCCUGAAGAUGAGAGUGAUGCCUGA